GGUCACACAUGCUUUCACUGGAGCACAGACACAAGUAGUUUAAUGUUCAUUACAUUGAUUUCGCUUUAGCUCCCUAUGUGGAUAACAAAACGAGGCUGAAAGAAAGGUUCUCAUUGAGGAAUUAUAGAUCUGCUGGUGAGGGAAAGGGCUAAACAAAGACUGACCAUCAUUACAACCACUUUGCCCUGCCCUGCCUUUGUUUUCUGAGUUGGUGUCCAAAGACCCUCCUGAAUGAAUGAGUGGGUGGGCCCCGACAUCAAUGUGGUGGGACAGCUGGAGAUCCCACCCAGCGAUGAAUUCUCCAUCUCAGAAAGCUCCCACUUGUUCGAUAUUCUGGCAGAACAGAGCAGUCCUCUCCUGCAGGAUCCUGACAUCUUACCCUUCACCAGCUUUCCCAGCAUGCAGUACCCCUCCAUGGAGUCAGCCAUGCCCUCCACAACAUAUUACUCCAGUCAGAACUACUACCCUCAGUAUAAUGGAGAUGAAUGGUACUCACAAACGGGGAUAUAUGAACUGAGAAAAGGACCUCUGGAGGUCGGCUAUGAUGCUGAGAUGGAGGAGACGUCUGCUUCAGUGCCAGUCGUGUGUAAGAGGACUCGGCACAUGUCACAGAUGGGGCGGAUCAAAGGAGAGGAACUGUGUGUGGUAUGUGGGGAUAAGGCCUCUGGAUACCACUAUAACGCUCUCACCUGUGAGGGAUGUAAAGGUUUCUUCAGACGAAGCAUUACAAAGAAUGCAGUGUACAAAUGCAAGAGUGGCGGAAACUGCGAGAUGGACAUGUAUAUGCGCAGAAAAUGCCAGGAGUGUCGACUAAGAAAGUGCAAGGAGAUGGGCAUGCUGGCUGAAUUGAAGCCUUCAUCACCGCUGGCAGGCCUGCUGACAGAGAUCCAGUGCAAGUCCAAAAGGCUGCGAAAGAACACAAAGGCCUCCCCGGGACCGUCGACCGGAGACGAGACAGAGGGGGCAGACAACACAGACAGCAAACAGGUCACAUCAACCACCAAACUAUCAAAGGAGAAAGUUGAAAUCACCAAAGAGCAGCAGACACUCAUGAAAGUCAUCGUUGAUGCUUACAACAAACAUCAAAUCCCUCAAGAUAUGGCGAAAAAACUGCUACAGGAGCAGUACAGUGCUGAUGAAAACUUUCUCCUGUUGACGGAAAUGGCAACAAGUCAGGUUCAAGUACUGGUGGAGUUUACCAAAAAUAUUCCAGGCUUUCUUUCUCUGGACCGUGAGGAUCAGAUCGCUCUGUUGAAGGGUUCGGCUGUGGAGGCCAUGUUUCUGCGCUCAGCACAGGUUUUCAGUAGAAAGAUGCCCAGCGGACAAACUGAAGUUUUGGAGGAGAGGAUACGCAAGAGUGGCAUAUCAGAAGAAUUCAUUACACCCAUGUUCAACUUUUACAAAAGCAUUGGUGAACUCCACAUGGUGCAAGAGGAACAGGCUCUGCUUACCACUAUAACCAUCCUGACACCAGAUCGGCCUUACGUGAAGGAUCAGGAGUCUGUGGAGAGGCUUCAGGAGACCAUGCUGGACCUGCUGAGGAAGCUGUGUGUCCUGCAGCACCCACAGGAGCCGCAGUACUUUGCUCGUCUCCUGGGCCGCCUGACGGAGCUGAGAUCACUUAACCACUACCAUGCAGAGAUGCUCACAUCUUGGAGAACAAAUGACCACAAAUUUACCCCACUGCUCUGUGAGAUCUGGGAUGUGCAGUGAUUCAGAGCAAAGAAGGUGGUGGCAUGGGAUGACAUCACAACAGUUUCAAGUAAAGGACAGAUUUUUACAAGAUGUGAAGAUAUGGACCAGCUCUUUUCAUCCAUGCCAACUGCCCUUGAUGGCAUUGGUAAUGACUGUUUAUUCUACUCAUGGAUUUUAUAUCUACUGUGAUUCCUGAGACUUGUCUCAGGGUGGAGACCUGUGAUAUCUUAUUGUUUUCCUGUUGUACAACAUGUAGAGCAUCCUGAAUUCCCUGCAUAAGUAAAAAAAAAAAAAACACUGGAACUUUUUCAAAAGCUGGCACUCAUAAAAGCUGAAAAGUUAAAAUAUUAUGGAGCUUAAUGAUGGAUUCUCUUGUUUUUUAUUUGAUAAACUAUUAGCACUUACAUGUUAUAAAUUUACCAGCUGUAAAUUUGCGAAAGCUUUAUGU